GUGAGUAUUGUCAGGCUGUUAUUCCACUCCCUCUUUUGAAACGGCUUCGUCGCUUCUACCAACGUGCGGUGAUACGUACCGACGUAAACACGUGCAGGUCCCUGGUUACAGGUUUCUGCUCAUUAUCCCUUCUCUACCAUCCCUCUCGCUCUUUCGCAUCAUUCCCCGACAACAGCAGCGAUGGCGGAACCCGUGGCAUCGGAGGCUACAGACGCAGCAUCCCCAUCCCCGACUCCAGCCAUUUCCCCGGCAGCUAGCCCAGGAUCCGAGCCUCCUUCCAUGGCGCUCUCUCCUUCAGCUGGAGGAUCUGAACGACUCCUUUUCACCCACGACCUAGUCUCAGGUCGGCAUCGUGGGUCGGUCCGAUUUGGCCUUGUGGUAAUGAUAUAUGGCGAGGAUGAUUUUGACUCUGAUUCGGAUAUAGAUGUGGACAUAGCGGGCGAUGGCGGAGGUAAAGGAGGUGGUGGUGGCGGCGGCUGUGGGGUAUGUGCUGUCUCCGGUAACUCUGAUACAGAAAACGGUGCUGCGGACUCGCGGACACGGCCUCUGGGAAGAGGUUUUGUACGGGUGCAGUGGUAUCCAGAUGGAGUAAAGCAAGACGUUCAUGAAACCAAGCUCAAACUUGAAGAUCGAUCCAUCGUGCCUAGAGACUUUGUACGACGGUUGAAUUCCAAUGAUAAGCAGUGUGGUAUAGUCACCAACAUUAACAUAGAGUGUGCCGUGAAGUUGGUUGGAACCAACUGUGUCCUAUAUCCUGUCAGCAGUCGAGACCUGCAACACAUAUGGACAUUUAUGUAUGGGGAUUACAUAGUGUACGACUUCUGGCUGGGGAAGGUCUAUGACUUGAGCAACAAUAUUAUCUUGAAGCUUUCCAAUGGAGCCAGGUGUUCAAUGAGUGAGGAAGAUGGCUCCAAACUCUAUGACGUCUGUCCUCACGUCAGUGACUCUGGGCUCUUCUUUGAUGAGGCUUAUGGGUUCUACCCAGGCCAAGUUUUGAUUGGUCCGUCGAAGGUAUUCGCCAACGUGCAGUGGCUGUAUGGCGUAAAGCCAGUGUUGAGUAAGAAGACGAAGUUCCGAGUAGUAGUGGAAGAGGUGCAGGUGGUGGAGCUGAAGGUAACGUGGAUCACCAAGAGCUACUCCCCCAAGGGCUCCGACAGCGUCUACCCUCCGCCCUCCACCAUCACCCAGGAGAACCUCUGCAAAGUGAAGCGGUUGGGUUACUAUGACCACACGCAGAGGCAGCUGGGUGACCGGGCACUCUACGUGUUCCCGUCGAAGGUGGACGCCACGCGCAUCACCUGCGAGGGGCCAGAGGGGGCGCCGGUGCACCCCGAGGAUCCCGUCUGCAGGAGGCUGAAGCGGAUGUUUAAGAAGGAGCUGGGGAGGAAGUCAGCGGACAGUGCAGAUUCACACGGCAACCGUCUACAGCCAGGAGACAAGCCUGACCACGCAGACGGUGAAAAGCAAACUGAGGCCAAGCAUGAUGGGAUAGCGGAGGACCCCUCAGCGCCCCGUUGCCCUAACAACGGCCCCAUGGAGCGGACUGACGGCGUGACGGACAAGGAAGUGCAGACGGGCGAGGAGGGCCACGGCGAGACGCUGGGCGACCUGGACUCGGACGCGGAGGCGGACGACACUGACGACACGAGCUCCAUCACGUCGUCGGCCAGCUCCACGGCCUCGCUGCAGAGCACGGGCCUGGGCCACAACCGCAAGAAGAGCAUCCCGCUGUCCAUUCGCAACCUCAAGAGGAAGCACAAGAAGAAGAGGACCAAGUUCUCCCGCGAGUUCAAGCCCGGCGACAGGGUGGCGGUGGAGGUCGUCUCCACAGUGACCUCGGCUGAUGUCAUGUGGAAGGACGGCCGACUAGAGACGGGCAUCCGCUCCAAUGACCUCAUCCCCAUCCAACACCUGGACAACCACGAGUUCUGCCCUGGCGACUACGUCGUCGACAAGCGCUCCUCCGCUCCCCAGGACCCAGGGCUUUAUGGGGUCAUUCAGUCAGGUGACCACAAGGGCAGGACGUGUGCUGUCAAGUGGAUCAAACUCAACGCUGCGGGCGACGAUGUAGAGGUGAUUGGUGAAGAGGAGGAUGUCAGUGUUUAUGACAUCGCUGAUCAUCCAGACUUCCAUUUCCGCACCACGGAUAUAGUCAUCAGAAUAGUCAACCCUGACCCAGAGGACUGCGAAAAUGACAGUACGUCAGUGGGUCAUGUGUCCAGAGUGGAUGUCAGCAGUAAGGUGGAGGUGGUCUGGGCUGACAACUCUAAAACCAUCGUACUGCCACAGCACUUGUAUAAUGUGGAGUCGGAGGUGGAGGAGUCGGACUACACCUCCGUGGAGGGCAGCAGCAGCGGCGCCUCCUCCGAGUGGGAGUGGGAGGACGAAAGCGACAGCUGGGAGACGGUGGAGGAGGAGCACAAGGAGGACCCGGCGCCGGCCCCAGUGCCCACCGCGGCUACCGCCAUCGCCGCCCCCGAAACUACGCCCCUGACGCCAGUCAGCGGGGACGCCCCGGGGGCCGUCGGCGCCGCCUCUACCGCGACCCCCGACCCGUCGGCCGCCGCCGCCACGACGCCAGGGAACGCGGAGGAGAAGCCUGGUAAGGAGGGCACGGCGCGAGGCUUGAGGGAGCUGAAGGAGGCGCUGAAGAUCCUGGAGAGCCUGAAGAACAUGACCGUGGAGCAGCUGUGGACCGGCUCGCCCACCUCCCCGACCUCCGUGGAGCCCUCGGCCGCCGCGCCGACCGCCACCGCCACUGCCGCCGCCACCACGCCGGCGUCUGCCGAGCCGGGCGCCAAGCCCACCAAGGAGAAGCGCUUCCUGGACGACAUCAAGAAGCUGCAGGAGAACCUCAAGAAGACGCUGGACGUCGUGGCCAUCGUGGAGGAGGAGCGCAAGGAGGGCGCCGCCGAGGAGGAGCGGCCCGCCGCCACGACCGCCUCCGCCGCCCAGCCGCAGGCCGAGCCGCAGACGCCUGUGCGCUCCGAGUGGCCCAGCGACACGCCGGUGCUGUGCCAGCAGAGCGGCGGCAAGCCUGGCGUCACCUUCACCAGUGCCAAGGGAGAGGUGUUCUCCGUGCUGGACGAGGCACCAGAGACUCACACCUUUAAGAUCAUGGAGUUCCAGCCGGCUGAAGCCAAGAAGUUCUUCAGCACCGUGCGGAAGGAGAUGGCUCUGCUGGCCACCUCCCUGCCCGACGGCAUCAUGGUCAAGACCUUCGAGGACCGCAUGGACCUGUUUUCUGCUCAGAUCAAGGGCCCCACACGCACACCCUAUGAGGACGGGCUCUUCCUGUUCGACAUUCAGCUCCCCAACAUCUACCCUGCAGUGCCCCCCCUCUUCCGCUACCUGUCCCAGUGCAGCGGCCGCCUCAAUCCCAAUCUCUAUGACAACGGCAAAGUGUGCGUGAGCCUGCUAGGGACCUGGAUUGGCAAGGGCACAGAGAGGUGGACCAGCAAAUCUAGCCUGCUACAAGUGCUCAUUUCCAUCCAAGGUCUCAUCCUGGUAAAUGAACCUUACUACAACGAGGCCGGCUUCGACAGCGACCGGGGACUGCAGGAAGGCUACGAGAACAGCCGGUGCUACAACGAGAUGGCGCUGAUCAAGAUGGUGCAGUCCAUGACCACGCUGCUGCAGCACCCCGUGGAGGUCUUCCAGCAGGAGAUCCGGGAGCACUUUGACGCCUGCGGCUGGCGCCUGGUGCACCGGCUCGAGUCCUGGCUGGAGCUGGACGGGACGGUGGUGGAGCGCGGCGGCGGCAAAGCCGGUGGAGGAGGAGGAGGAGGAGGAGGAUGCUUCCGAGACCGAGAGCCGCUGGAGGAGAUCCCCAAGGCGCUGGCGCACAGCAGCCCCAGCAAGGAGGAGGACCUGGAGGACUCGGGCCUGAGCCACUCCACCACGGCGGCGGCCGGGGGCUCGUCCGGGAGCGCCUCCACCCUGCAGCAGGACCUCAGCCAGAGUUCGGACUGCGAGGGCUCGGUGACCGGGGGGAGCGCGGGCGGCGGAGCGGUGGAGGGGUCAGGACGGGUGACGACGACGGCAACGACGGCGACGUCAGACGGGGCGGCGGCGGCGGUGGUGUCCACCACGCAGGGCUCGAGUGGCGUGUCGCAAACCAAGGAGUCUCAGCCCACGGUCAGACCAAAGAAGCGGAGAAAGAGCUACCGCAGCUUCCUGCCCGAGCGCAGCGGCUACCCGGACAUCGGCUUCCCACUCUUCCCCCUCUCCAAGGGCUUCGUCAAGAGCAUGUGUGGGGUGCUGCUGCAGUACCGGGCCGCCCUUAUUGCUGCUGGCAUCGCCGAGCACAGGGAGGACAAAUAAGGACCGAUCCCCACCACCCUGUCGCCCCCUCUCCUCACCCCCCUCCAGUUGUCUCUGCUUCUUGGCACUACUCCAAGAAAAGAUUUGUUCUCCCCCCUCACCUGCCUGCAAAAAGCUGCACUGUGCCCCCCUCUUUGCUCUCUCUCUUU